CCAACAAAGCUAGGAAGCUUUUCUGUUGCGCUGGUGCUUAAAACCAGUCGUUUAGCGCCAGCUUAAGGGAACGCAUAUGAGGGCCUGCAGCCCGAUGGCUUCGGCAACGCUUAAACGUCUACUACGGGGCCCGUCAGGGUCGCUGCAGCUACUGGCGCCGGCGCUGCCCUCCGUGGCGGGUGUGUGCAGCCCAAUUUCGUGGCGGCCAGUUGCGCAGCAGUCCGCUGCCGCUAGCCGGCAUGUCAGUAAGGCCGCCGCCGCCGGGGCCAACGGCACCAGCGGCCCGACCAUCAUCACUCCCGGCAAUAGCAGCACCAGCAGCAGCACCGCUGCCGGCAGUGGCACGGGCAACAACUGGUAUGCGGAGGAGGACUAUGACGUGAUUGUGGUGGGCGCCGGACACGCCGGCUGCGAGGCGGCGCUGGCGGCGGCGCGCCUGGGAUGCCGUACGCUGCUGCUGACGCUGAACCUGGACCGCAUCGGCUGGCAGCCGUGCAACCCCGCUGUUGGCGGCCCCGCCAAGUCGCAGCUGGUGCACGAGGUGGACGCGCUGGGCGGCGAGAUCGGCAAGAUGGCGGACCGCUGCUACCUGCAGAAGCGCGUGCUGAACCGCAGCAAGGGCCCGGCGGUGUGGGCCCUGCGCGCUCAGACCGACAAGCAGGAGUACAGCCGCGUCAUCCGCAAGGUGCUGGAGGAGACACCCAACCUGGAGAUACGCGAGGCCAUGGUGGUGGGCCUGGACGUGGGCCCCAACGACCAGGUGCGCGGCGUGCGCACCUACUUCGGCAUCACCUUCGCCGCGCGCGCCGUGGUGCUCACCACCGGCACCUUCAUGAACGGAACCAUCUGGGUGGGCCGCCAGUCCAUGAGCGCCGGCAGGGCCGGCGAGGCCGCGAGUGUGGGUCUGACGGAGGCGCUGCAGCAGCUGGGCUUCGAGACGGACCGGCUCAAGACCGGCACGCCCGCGCGCAUAGACAGCCGCACAGUGGACUUUGGGGCGCUGGAGCCGCAGCCGGGAGACGAGGACGAGCGCUGGUUCAGCUUUGACCCGGAGGUGCACGUGCCGCGGCCGCAGCUGAGCUGCUACCUGACGCGCACCACAGCGGAGACGCACCGCCUGAUCCGCGAGAACCUGCAGGAGACGCCCAUCUACGGCGGCUGGGUGGACAGCAAGGGCCCGCGCUACUGCCCCUCCAUUGAGGACAAGAUCGUGCGGUUCGCGGACAAGGACAGCCACCAGAUCUUCCUGGAGCCCGAGGGGCGCGACACGCCCGAGAUGUAUGUGCAGGGCUUCAGCACGGGCCUGCCGGAGCGGCUGCAGCUGGCGCUGCUGCAGACACUGCCGGGCCUGGGCCGCGUCAAGAUGCUGCGGCCCGCCUACGCCGUGGAGUACGACUACCUGCCCGCGCACCAGUGCCACCCCACGCUGGAGACAAAGAAGAUUCGCGGCCUGUUCUUCAGCGGCCAGCUCAACGGCACCACGGGCUACGAGGAGGCUGCCGCGCAGGGCCUGGUUGCGGGCAUGAAUGCGGCGCUGCGGGCUCAGGAGCGGCCACCGGUGGCGCUACCCCGCGACUCGUCCUACCUGGGCACGCUGGUGGACGACCUGGUGACUAAGGACCUGCGGGAGCCCUACCGCAUGCUCACCAGCAGGUCCGAGUACCGGCUGCUGCUGCGCUCCGACAACGCCGACCGCCGCCUCACGCCCCUGGGCCGCGACAUCGGCCUGGUGGACGACCGCCGCUGGGCGCUCUUCACUGCCAAGCAGGCCCGCAUCGAGGCCGAGAAGGCACGCCUCGGAACCACCCGGGUUCGUGCCGACUCCCCCGUGGCGGCCGAGGCGGGCAGCUUGUCGGGUCAUGCAGUGCCUGGGUCGCCCACGCUGGAGGAGCUGCUGCGGCGCCCGCACGUGCACUACAGUGUGCUGGAGCGGCACGGGCUGGACGGUGGCGAGCAGCUGCGGUUCUCGGAGCGGGAGGCGGUGGAGAUCGACAUCAAGUACGCCGGCUUCAUUGCGCGACAGGAGAAGCAGCUGGCCUCGCUGGCCUCCAAGGCCUCCAAGCCGCUGCCGGCGGACCUGGACUACAGCGCCAUUGCCACACUGUCGAUGGAGGCGCGGGAGAAGCUGGGCAAGAUCCGGCCUCGCGACAUCGGCCAGGCCUCCCGCAUCGGCGGCGUGAGCCCCGCCGACGUGUCGGCGCUCCUGGUGCACCUGGAGGUGGCGCGGCGGCGGUCGUCGGCGGCGGCCAAGGCGGAGGCGGCGGGAACGGCCAAGGCCGCCGCAGCGGCAAAGGCCGCCGCGGCGGCGGCAGCGGAGGACAAGCAGCCCGUGGCGGCGGCUUGAGGCGCGUGUUUGUGAGGCUGUGUGAACUGUGUGGGGCUGUGUGGACUGUGUGGAGGUUGGGGUUGGAGAGGUGAGAGGGCGUUUGGGAGCGAGUGUGAGCUGCUGUGUGAGGAUGGUGUGGCGGAUGGGGUGGUGAUAUGGCGGUGGUGGGGUGCACAGCGGCGGCGCGGAAGGGCUUGUGCGCCCCCCCCCCUGGACUGCUGCCCUGUGGGUGUGAUGCAUUGCGGUGUGCUGUUGCGAAAUGUUGAUUGACACGUGACUAUCUCCGGCGAUGCUUUACUGGCUUUUUGAGAUAACGUGCCGACCAGGGCUUUUUGAGAUAACGUGCCGACCUCCCCUGGUGCCGGCGCAUUGGAGCGUGGAUGCGCUGUUGCUGCUGCAUUGCAAGCAUUGAUGAGUGUCUCGAUGCACAUUGGACUAUCUGUGUGACCGUGAAACUUUUAAGCAGGGCCUCGGAUUCUGUUAGGGCACCAGCAUUCCUGCUGUAAUGUGCAAUCUGC